CUACGCUCGUGCCCCACCGGUUCCAACCCCGCUAUCGGCCAUUCCAUGUGAUUUAAGCGAGCGUCUGAGGGCUUGGACAAUCAGGCCCAUCAUCUCAGAUAUAUAUCCCUUUCCCGACCGCCACCUUCCUGCUCUACAGACGGACCAUUCCAGCACUUCGAUAAUACGUACAUACCGGAACCCGACUACAUCUCCCCCACACUUAACUUGCAGGUCUCGGAAAUAAGCUUCGAGAGCGAUGUCCACAGCAGCAUCAGUAGCGACGGAAACUCCGAUGAGCGGAACGCCAGAUGCAGCAGUGCCAGAGCCGGUCUCUCCCGGCAAGAGCAAGCGGUCGUUUUUUGGCCUCGGAAAGAAAAGGAAAGACCAAGAUGCGCCGUCAUCGCCACCUCGCGAUAGCUCACCGAAGAUAGUCGACGAGAAGGCGCCGCAGUUGCCGCAGUUGGCCAGCAUUCCACCAAUGAAUACUUCUCUCACGUCACCAUCGGCGUCACCAUCGGCGUCAACAACCCCUCGCAUACAAACGCUCACGCCAUCACCACCAUCGACAUCAUCCGCCUUGUUGAAUAUGCAACAACCACCACCAAAAACACCCACCCGCUCCCUCCAUUCGGCGAGCUCGCCAGUCCUAACCCCGCACUCCCCCUCCACCCCACAUGCCCCAUCGCAGUCUCCGUCGCGCGGCCUUUCCACAUCGAGCUCCAUGAUCUUCGAGCGCAAUGUGCAGGAGCACCCGAACAACCCUAACAUUCCCGUGCCAAUGUCGUCGGCGAUUCCAGCGCACAUCCAGACCGAGAACUUUAUCCCGCCCGUGCUGGAAGCCUCAUCGCUGGCCAUUACCGACCGGAAUUGCGGCGUCGAUGAGGUCGAGAUCGUGAUGCACUCUGCGCACCAGCCCGCGCUCUCGGUCGGCGGGCUGGCCACGUCCCUCGAGAACUACUCCAGCCUCGACCACACCGAGGACCCCAGUAGCUACUCGGGCGACGACCUGUCAUCGCACGGUGGCGGCAUUGGCGCGUCGGCCGCGGCAGAUAAGCGGCGGCUCUCGUUCAUAUCGUUUGCGGAUGUGGUCCAGGCCGAGCAGGCGGAGCAGUACGGCGAUAUCAUGACCCACAGCACGUCUUCUCCGUCGCGCGGGAGUCCAGUGCAGAGCGCGGCUGAUCCCGCGGCCAUGGGCACAAUAAACGAGACCAUGAGGAGGAGCCCCAGUCCGAUCCGGCUCGGCAGUACGCCGUCGCGCGGGAGUCUCGUGCAGGACCCUAACUCGCUGAGCUCCAUCAACGAGACGUUAAGGAGGAGCCCCAGUUCCAUUCGACUGGGCAAUAGCCCGCCACGGUCAACGUAUAUGGCGGGCGAGAGGAGCCCGGGAAGCCCCGGAAGCCCCGGAAGGACUGCGGCGGACCAUAUCGGCGUCGAGAGGGGAGAGUUGACGAUCGAGACUAUGCGACAGGCGCUGAAGAAGACUGGAAGCGGUGAUUUGGGGCAAAGGAGCCCGAUCGCUAGCAGCAGCGCUUUCAGCAGAACAACGUGAUCGCCGUUAGCGUCGGAGGUCGAAACGAAGGAGCUGGACAAGCCGUUUUCCGUAGUGUAUCUAUCUUAAUCGUCUUUUUUCUUCUUUUUUUUCUUCUAGGUCUUCUCCUUCUUGGUCUUUGUCUUUGUCUUCUUUCGAUUUCCUUCCUUUUUUCCCCCUGUUUGCUGCUCUCGGCUGGCACGAAGCGCACGAAGAAGUCGGCCAGAUCGCAGCCCGGAAGAUCUAGACCGAACGGCCAUCUCGGUGGAGCGGGCUGGCUAUCCCCUCUGUCUCUGCACGCGGUUGGGAGCUGCCUUACGAGUUCCAUUACUCUCUAUUGCUAUUUACAUGUACUUGUGGAAUGGUGUUUCUUGGUUGCGAUCAAUGAUAGGUCUCCAGUAGCGGUAUGUAUCUUAUGUUAUGGCUGGAUAAUUGAAGCGUGUUUAGUAUUAGGAAGA